AUGAGCACAUAUGAUCCCUUGAUCGAGUGUAACUUGAUCAUUUCGUAUCAAUACAUCAAGGCUGGUGCAUUUAACUUCUGGAACAACUUAAAUGCAUUAACAAAGAGUGCCUUCCUUUGUGAAUAUGGUGGCCUGGAAGAUCCAUACAUAGCAUCAGUUCGAACAGUUGGUCAAUCAGAUGCUGUCAUCAAUAAAAUAGUCAACAUGACAUUGUUGUCCAGAGUUGAGAGUGAUAUUGCCAUAACAUUCACUAAUGUGGAUGAUGGCAGGAUGUUCAGUGGAUCAAAUAUCAAUAUCACAUCGGAUAGCUCGUUGACAGCAUCAAUCCCACCUGGUUCAGGAAGAUACAAUGUAUCGAUCACAGUGACAGACGUCACCGCCACCAAUGGCCAUCACACACUCAAUACGACCUUUCAUUACAAGCCAGCACAAGUCAAUAUAAUCAUUGCUGGAUUCACAAGUGGUUCCAGAAUAUCAUUGGUUGGUGAUAACUUUGUCGUCGAUAACAACAAGACAUCCAUAUACUUCUCCAGUACAUUGGUGCCAUGUGUCAACGUCACCUUACCACAGCCUGGUGUCCUUGCAUGCACACUCACCCAAGACCUCACUACAUCUCUUGCGGUUCCAAUCACAAUCAACACAGACUCUGUAUACUCAAUCGUCAACAGACCCCUCUUUUAUGACUCGGGUUCUGGCAACUACUACUCCUGUGUCCGAGUAUAUAAUACUAGGCAGGGAUGUUUUGACUUUGCCCGUAAACAAACAGUUCAGGGAAGGAUGGCAUUCCUUUCCUACAUCAAUAACUCAAUUGCUAAACAGGUUGUGAGCAGCAUGUGUCCAAAUACAUUGAGUCAAUGGAGCUUCGACACAAACUCCAUGUACACUCAAGACAUUUCUUUCAACACUGGUCUGAUGGAGAUAGGAGGAGGCGGACUGACCAGGGUCAUUGAUGGUCCUGCCACCGGCACCGAUGUAACUCUGACCCUCCCGAUCACGGGUACGGGCUCAUCCAACCUAACGUACAAUCCCUCUCAAGGAUACCAGCGAACAUUAUCACCAGCACCACUAGUUGAUGAUGGCACAUUCACUCAAUUGGUCUACCCUACCAACUUGAACCUCUUCGCGCCCAACACCCCAACUUCCAUCUCCAUGUCCACCAAUGGCUCCAAAGCGAUAUCAAUACCAUUGGCCAAGGUUGGAACACCUUUGGACAGCACAUACUUUACAUUCAUGGGCAAGCCACUACCAUCCCCACCAAGGGACUAUUAUUCCGAUGACAUCCAGAUUGACAUCCCUGCUGGCUACGGUACACAAUCACUAGUCUACACCUUCCAACAGUUUGGCGGUGCUGCACUUCCCGUUACCAAAUCGAUAACAAUCCAAUAUGACCCGCCAACUAUCAACAACAUGACAUCAGUUGGUGCUGAUGGAGGUGUUGUCACUUUGAUCGGCACCAACCUGUACACGAACUCAUCACUCCUUAAAGUUACACUUGGUUCGAAUCAAUGCAACAAUGUUCAGAUUGUUGAGCCACACAAGUCGAUCACUUGUAGGUUGGAAGCACCUGUUUUCGGAGACCUGCAGGCAGGACUCGAGGCCAAAGUGUAUCUCGACGGUACACAAUCAUUGCCAUUCAAGUAUGACUUUUUGUCACCUGUUGUACUUGUUGCCUCACCAGGAGAGCAGGACAAGGCGACUAUGAUCACGAUCACCGGUGACAACUUCCCGCCUCCACCCGCCAACAUCUCCGUGGUCAUUGGCGGUGCUCCUUGCGCCGGCACAACAUACAUCAGUAACAAUACAAUACAAUGUAUGUUUGAUGGAAUGGUACCAAUGCCAGCCAACUCAGUGGAGACUCUGCCCGUCAAUGUGUCGGCACAGGGACUUUUUGGAGUCAACCGAGUCUUCUUCUACACGAACAAGACACAGCUUAACUGCAGUGGCAACGGUACACCAUUCGAGGGCAGAUGCAUUUGUAAUGAUGGAUGGACUCUACAUCAAUGCUCGGUCCGUGCCAGUCCCUCGCCCGCAUCACCAGAGAUCAAUGGUGCUUCAAUCAUCAGUCCAGGAGACAACAGACUAUCUUUCAAAACAUCAAUAGCAUUCAUUCGAGAGAUAGAUAACAAAGGCGCACCGAUUAGGACAUUGAACAUGUCAUCGAUCACUUGGAAAGAUGUAACCAACUCAACUGACCCGACCAGCUCAACACAUCUGAUGGGCACUUUCCCCAACAUUGAUAAUGAGACUGUGGUAGUGGACAUGCUCAUCACUCACUACCUACACGAAACCGAUAUUCUAUUCACUGGUGAGACCAUGCACAUUGCAGCCAACUCAAUCAAGGUCACCGUGGCGGUCAGGUCUUGGCGAUUCAAGGAUAUGCUGAGCAAUCUCCAACUUGUGUUUGAGAGUAAGACUGCCAAGGAGAAGGGUCCAUGUAUCCAGACCAAGUCUAGCAGUGCCUUCAACUCGUUCUACGUGGAGUUGGAUCGAUCAGUUCUCUAUGCAUCAUUCGCAGGUCAUCUCUUUGUCGAUGGACGAGUGGUUACAUCUAUCUUCCAAGACAUCGUUGCUGGCGACCCACUCUACGGCGAGGCAUCAACAUCAACAACCGAGUUCACCUAUCGCUCAACCAUCACUAUUCCACACUUUGACAAAGAGUGUAUAGUUGAUCCAAACUUCCAAUCGUUGUUGAAGGUUGAUGGUGAGCCUGAUAGUGCGGCCACAUCAUGUAUCAAGCCAGCUGAGAAGAAGUCUUACACAAUCAUCAUCAUUAUCGUUGUUUGUUGUGUUGCUGGUGUUGGUAUAAUCAUUGGCGCGAUACUACUAAUCAAGAAGUAUAAGUACAGACUAUUGGUUAGAGCACCCAGUGGUCUGAUCAACCUUGGCAAAGUUCGCAAGGGUACAAAGAUCGAGUUUAUUGAAUUGACUGAUGAUGGAUUCAUGUUGGGCAAGUUGGAUAAUGGUACCAUUGGUCUGUUUCCAUCUGUCUUCUCAAACAAUAUGGACAUUCCAACUCCAUUAUCAACAUCAUCAUCAUCUACACAUCAUCAACAAAUACAUGGAAGUGGAGGAAUGUUGAAUGAUGAAGCUUCGUCAUACUCUUCCGUCAAUUCAUCGAAUAACUUGGCUGGAAGCUUUGGUAUUGGUACACCUCCAGCUGGUUCUUCACUGCCAUCAUCAUAUACAGCAAUGUUGCGUGAAAGACUAAAGUUGAGUGAGGAUGGUAAACUAAGUGGCAGCAGUGACUCUUUGAUCGAGUCGGCAACAAUGUCCAGCGAGAUGCCAAGCGAGGAGACACUGUCCCCCACAGACAAGACACCGCCUACAAGUCCAGACAAGGAUGCGCAUGGAGAUGGCGAGCCACAAAAGGCCAUUGGACUACACUACAAGUCCAAGAGGGAGGCUGAGAAAGAGGCAAUUGCAUCACACUUUAUCAUUGUCGGUCCACAGCCAGUCAAGGAACAAAAGAUGCGAUAUGCCAACAGGAAGAAGUGUCCCACCCUGGUCAUCAGUAGGUUCAGGGAUCUGCCCAAAGAGAUCAUCAGCGAUUUGAAGAAAGAGGACGUCCCACUGCGCGACAUCGAGUCCAACAUCAAGAUAUUCCUCACCAUCCUCAAGUUCCUGACACGUCAACGCAUCACUUAUGUCUGUCCCAACUCCAUGCCAGUGGUGGCGCCAUUGGACGAGGGCACGGCCAUCUCCACAACCACAACAACAACAACAACUUCCACAACUAUAGCACUUGCCGACUCCUCUUUAUCAAUUGGUUCAAUGCCCAUGACGACACCAUUGGCCGCGAGCAAGAUUAUAGAGAUUCAGACAUCAUCGAUCGAGGUUGACAAGAGUUUGGUCGAGAACAUCACUGAUCAAGUUGAGCUAAAGAAGAGACUGAUGGAGCUGAAGCUACAGCGCAAGCGUGCGCUCACAGGUGUGACACCCGAGUUCCUAGCCCAGGCCUCCCUCUCCAUCAAAGUCUUCCCAGACAUCAAGAAGAAGGUCAAGAUUGGCAACAUCAUUGGCAAAGGAGGAUAUGGCAAGGUAUUCGAAGCGCACUACGAGAAGAAGAAGGUGGCCAUUAAGGUGGUACACUAUCGAACACCAAAGGAGCAACAUAAUGUGUUGAUUGAGAUUGGAUUCCUUCAGCGCUGCAAGCAUCCCAACAUUUUAGAGUACAAGGCAUCAGUGCUACAUGAGAACAAACUGUUGAUUGUUACAGAGUUCUUGCCUGGAGGCACACUCGAGCAAGCAGUAGCUUCAUCACAUGUGUUCAAGGACACUCACAUUGGAUACAUUGGCAAGGAGAUCCUCAAGGGUAUCGCAUACCUGCACGAGAACAAGAUCGUACAUCGCGACGUCAAGAGCGCCAACGUCAUGCUGUCGACCACCGGCGACAUCAAGCUCAUCGACUUUGGCCUGUGCGCGUCUGUAGAGAAGGGUACAUCGAACCACAUCGUCGGCUCACCCUAUUGGAUGUCGCCAGAGAUGAUCAAGGGCGACCCGCACUCCUACCCCGCCGACAUAUGGGGCUUUGGUGUACUCCUCCUUGAGAUGCUAUUCAAACGUCCGCCUCAUCGCGAGUCACGUCUCAAAGCCAUGUUCAUGACAGCCACCGUCGGCAUCGAUGUCACCAAGCUCAAAUGCUCACUCGACCUCAAAGACCUCCUCUGGCAAUGUUUCGAGAUGGACCCCAACAAACGAUCAUCUGCCACCAAGCUUCUGAGACAUCCAUUCUUCCAACGCGCAGACACAAAGCAAGGCAUCAAGGGAUUGUUUGAUAACUUGUUCCUUCAGAGGAACCUCAACACAACAGGUAUAUUCCAAUGA